ACAUUUUAUAAAACGAACGCAGAUGCACGUAAACAUUUAAAAACUGAAAAAUAACCAACUCGCUCAGAUCUUAACCAUAAACCAUUGCAGCAAGUAGUGUCCUCUCACAUAAUAGUCCGAAACAUGGUUCUCCUGCGUUAUGUUGCUGCAUGUGUACUGUGCAUGAUUGUGACUGCAAGUCCUGUAGAAAGACGGGGUACUAUCACUAAGAAGGCUUGGUGGAAUUUAUCGUACCAGAUGAUGGACAUUUUUGGAUUGGAUAUAUCAGCUAGCGUUCUUGACUAUGGCUGUUUUUGUGGAUUAUAUGGUGAAGGUACACCAAUUGACAAUAUUGACAGUUGUUGUCAAGUACAUGAUAAUUGCUAUGGUAAUGUUGUAGCUGAAGGAAAAUGCUGGUGGCAUCCUAAAAAUAAUGGCUAUGAUUACAUUAUUUCUGACAACAUAGUGGAAUGUACAGACGAGGUUGGUUCCUGUGAUUGGGAUGUUUGCAUGUGUGACAAGCUAUAUAUAGAUUGUCUCCAUGACCACAUUGAGGAGUAUAACGAUGACAACUAUAAUGUAAAUGUAUCAGAAAGGUGCUAAGAAAGAACAAAGAAAUUACAUUUCUUUUUUUAAUUUGUUACCACAUUGUUAGCACAUUUUUUUUUUUACUAAAUUGUAAAUCGACUACUCAUUACCUUUUACCGAGCUUUGUGAAAAUAACGUUAACGUCACACCAUUGGUUGAAUUUCAACUGUUUAGGAAGUUUAUAACCAAUCACGAUGUUUUGGGGAAUUUUUUGAAAGUAUAACCACACAAUGGAUAUUUUUUUAAAUCUUUUUAACUUGUAUGGUUUAUCUCCUAAUCAAUAUCACCAGACGAUUAUCAACACUAUAAUUAGUUAUCAAAUGGUGUUUAGAUCCUAAACACAAUCCUAAACACAUCUUUUUUAAAUACACUUUUUUAUUGAUGUUUAAGCAUGUCUCAUUUCUCAACAUAUUUAGGUUGCAUUAGUGUUUAUGAUUGUUUUAAGGUUCGUAUUUAGAUUAGGAAGUAUUGUUUUAGUCAUGAACAUUUUAAUUCUAAAACACUUAACCAUGUUAACAGUGUUUAAAAUCAAGAUAUGUUUACGUUUUAUGUGUUUAGAUAUUAAAUGUAAUCCUACAUACAUGUAUGUUAAGAACUAAACAUGUAAUACAAGUUUCACAGUUUAUUUUCAAAGAACGAUUUUUACAGUUUGUAUGUAUAUACAUGUAUAUAAUUUCUAUCUAGACGUUUUAUAUAUUAUAUAAUUUUUAUAUAUUUGUUCUUUAACAUUGACGUUGAGGACACUUUUGAAGCAAGCCUGUAUUUUUCAUUAUUUUUUUAAUUCUUGUAUCGGAGAAUAACUUUUGUUGAAAUCAAUAAAUGUGCAUCUCAA